UGCGCUCAUACUCCUCCGGCCUUUAAAACAACUAUUUGGGGUUAUUUUUGCUCGAACAGACUGUGGGUAAGUAAAAGGGGAAAAAUCCUUGUGUAGCCUUUUGGACCAGUCCGCAAGAUUUCACUGGCUUGGCCUUCUGAGGAGAAAUCCAUCACAGCAGGAAAAGUGGCGCUCUUAUCCAUUUAAAGAAGAGAGGGGAGGAAACCGAUGCCUCAUUUUUCCUGGUUAUAAAGCUCUGCUGCAGCUCUUCGGCAUGGCGUGGCCCUGCAUCACCCGCGCGUGCUGCAUCAACCGCUUCUGGAGCGAGCUGGAUAAAGCGGACAUCGCCGUGCCGCUCGUCUUUACCAAGUACUCGGACGUGGCCGAGGUGCGGCACCUCCAUCCGCAACCGGGCCCGUUAGCGCAAUCCCAUCAUCCCAGCGCGGUCGCCAUAGAAACAGAGCCCGCCCACACCGCGCCGCAAGAGUCGGCUGCUGCAGCAUCAUCUUCAGCAGCGCGCGGGUCGUCCGUCACGCGCCAAGACUUCAAAGCAUGGAGAGUCAAACCGGAACCGAGCUGCAAACCCAAAAGCGAGUACCGCCCGUGUCAGACACCGUUCGAUAACGAGACGCAGUACCGGAAAGAUUAUAAACCGUGGCCUGUUCAGAAACGCGGAGAUCACCCGUGGAUCCCCAAAGGCGAGAGCAAGAGCCAGAAGCAGGAGCACGUGACGUCAGAACCGGACACGGGCGUGGAGAAGUGCGAGAUCGAGGAGAGAGUCAAAGAAAAAGAAGUUGCCAAGGAGGAGACGAUGAAGAGACCGGUGAAGAAAGAGGAGGAUGCUGAGACUGGAGAGAUGAAGAAAGCGCAGAGAGCGGGGUCCAGAGGAAGAUCAGUGGCUGAUGCUCUAAACAGGCAGAUCAAGCAGGAGGGAACUACAGGCAGCUCAUACAGGAUGGAGUUCAAGGCGUAUACUGAUGUAAAGCCAGUGAAACCCAUCAAAGCCAAGUCACAGUACAAACUGGCAAUGGAGGAGAAGGCUAAUUUGGAGACAAGCUACAGUGCCACUUAUAAAGGAGAGCAGGCAAAACCAGAGGCCACAGAUAACAAAUUGCUUGAGCGCCGCAGGAUACGCAGCCUGUACAAUGAGCCCAGCAUUAAAGAACCCAGCAAGCCAGAGAAGCCCAGUGUGCCCCACUCCAAACCCAAAAAGACGACAAGCCAUAGUAAAACAGCAAGUAAAGCUAAAAGGUCAAACACUGGAACCCAACCUGCCAAGAAGAAAAGCUCUGUGAGCAAACUGGAGAUAAAGCCAGAUGGAGGAGUCACCAAGAAAAGUAAAGAAAUGAUAAACAGACUGGCUGAAGGAAAAGAAUAGAUGAAAUUCUGUGUGUGGAUUUGAGUGA